AUGGCCGACCGCUCCCAACACACAAACUUCAAUCCCGAGGUCGACCCAAAUGACGCCUCACAGAUGAAAGACCCUGUUCAGGCCGGUUCUUCUGACAUGGACGAAAGAAUGAACCUGCUAACACCAACCCCAGCCCAAGAUUAUAAGGAGGCCAUUGAUAAAUCCAACCUCAUCGAUGAAGAACGUCUUCGCCGGGCGGCACCCCAGUCCUCCACGGCCUACCACGAACCGUCCGAAGAGGAAAAUGAUAUUUCUUGGCGGCCUGAUCCAUCGGGACAUCCGCGGAGGACUUUCCAGUGA